AUGUCGAAUGGGAUGGAAGAGAAGCAUGAACAUGAAUCGCGGCUGAAAACGGAAGUGGAGGAAAGGUCAAGUGUAUCAUUAGACUCGGUAGAUUGUUUUCAUGGUUUUAUUACGGAAGAAGAAGUGGAAUACCGGUUACGAAAAUGUAAAAUUGAUGGUGCUUUAAUUUUGCAUGCUGAACAAAAUUCUCUCACACCGAAAUUUCGUCUUUCUUGGCUACCGCAAACCAGCAAUUCAGUGAUGCAUUUAUCCAUCGAUCGAGUUUGUGGUGAAUAUUUCCUGUCUGGAAAAUCCUUCACAACGUUGUCUGGUCUCAUUGAAGCAUUUAUAAGUGAAUCGAAAGCAGCAGUGCUACCACUUCAACCACCUUCGCCGGUGAAAUUAGUUAACCGUCAAAGGAUAGCCGUUCUACCGUUUCAUGCAAUGCCUGAUACUGAUGAAAUAAGCUUUUGUGAAGGUGAUUUGUUAACUGAAAUCCAGCGAGUAGAUGAUGAAUGGGCGUGGGCGAGAUUGGAAAAAAAUGGGAAAUCCGGACUUAUCGCUGUGCAACUUACUGUUCCAUUAAAUGACAAGAGUGUGAAACCCGAAGAGUUACCAUAUUUUCAUGAUGAACCAGUAAAUGUGCUUACACAACGGCUAAUACAGCAUGGUGACGGUUGUUAUCUUUUACGCCAUUCAAUUGUGCAGUCCAAUUCAUACACGCUGAUGGUAAAUACCGGUGCACAUAUUGAAAAAUUUCAAAUAAAACGCACGUCGGAUGGUAAUUUUGAAAUUGGUGGGCGAACUUUUCCGACGAUUCCGGAUAUUAUUGAGAGAUAUAGCAAAAAGGAAAUUUGCGAAGGAUUUCAUCUGAUGCGUGCAGUGUUAACAAAGGACUUGUCGGGAAAAAUUGCGGAUAUCCAGAGCCUUACCGCCAAUAGUUUUUGUCCAAAGACCUUUUUAGAAGCAUAUGCUUAUCGAAGAUGUAAAGAAGAUAAAUGGAAGCGUUGCUAUGUGAGACUUAGUGAUUCGAAUGGCUCACAACUGUACGUUUUAGAUCAUGAAAAGAGUACAAAGCCAAAAGUGGUUCUGGAUCUUAAUUUUUGCUUUGUUUAUAAAAUCCCGGAAGGAUCAUUUGAUAGAGCGAAUUGUUUGCUGGUUGCCCUAAAUGGUCUAGAUAUUUAUCCAUCAGUUCAUUUAUCAUUUCAAAACGAAGGUAUUUAUCUAAAUUGGCUCAAUGUGUUACGGCUGCGAUGUUUCGGUUAUCGUCAUUCACCAUCACCAUUUGCUGUAAUCCCUGCUAUGCAGGAUUACUUUAUUCGUUCGACAACUGUCAUUUAUUUAACUUUAACAAGUUUUAGGGGUAAUUAUUUUAAACCAGAUUUCUCAUAUAGUGCGAUAAUGGCGAUAAAUGGGAUUUUUUUGACCAAAACUCAACAAGUGAUGCCUACAAAAAAUACCAUUAUAUUCAACAGGUACAUUCCUCCUGGACCAUGUUCAUUGAAACUUGAACUUUGUUCACAUAACCCUCUAUCAAAGACUAGCAAAGUUGUAUCCAAAGAUUAUUUUCAAAAAGGUUGUAUAAUAAAUGUAUCACCACUCUAUUUACUAGCAGACGAUGGCAAAGAGUUUUGCGUGGAAAAUAAUUUUGAAGGAUUUCUGUUUCGUGCAGUACGUCAUCGUAUCGUUUUACUACCGGAAGAACAGUAUGCAUCGUUUUUUGUGCUGCUCACUACUCGAUCAUUUAUUUUAUCCAUUUGGAUUGGCUCCGUCUUGGAUGUCUUUAAUCGAAAACAUUUUGCUCGUUUAUUACUCUCUGUUUUAUUGCCAAAUUACGACUUACUGAUGUCAUUUGUUGAAAUUAUCAUCAGGGAGCAAAUUAAACAUGAAACUGAGGUAACACUUUUUCGGUGUGAUUCAUUUUGUACUUGCUGUAUUUCAACAGUUCUACGUAUGACUGGUAAAGAUCUGGUUACGGAGGAGCUAGCAUAUUUGCUAACUGCUGAAGGGCCACCGAAGCAGGAAUUGGAAAUCAUGAAUGCCCUGAAGAGCUUAUCUGAUCAUCUACCUCUUCUUUUCCGCGCCAUUCUAUCACAUAUCAUAAAAAUAACAAAAGCGUAUUUCAAUAAUUCUGAACAUAUUGCGCGUCGAGUUGCCAGUGUAUUCUUCAUUCUGCGCUUUAUAAAUCCAAUUUUGGCGCUCAGAAACAAUGGCUGGACCGAACAAUCUCGCCAGUUGCCAAAAACAAUCCAAUCACUAGCUAAUCAGGCUUCUUCACCUGAUUACUGUCCUGAAAAAAGUACUCGUAGUGUUCGCUUGAUGGCCGAUCUGCUUGAUACUGUGGCAUCAUCAUCUUCGAAGGUGGAAUCAUCAGAAAAUCCAUUUUGUGGAUAUAGUAAAGUCGAUCAGUUAGCUCUACUUGCAUUUCAAGUAGAGCAGGUACUGGAACAGCAAGGCUCUGAUAGCUGCCCUUUUCCGGAAGCUUAUACGGUUAUCAGUUUAUUGAAAAAACAUGCUGAGAAAUACCUCUCUUGCUAA